ACAAAUCAAUGAAAUAAUUUUUGCAUGUUUGUGCACAUGUUUGUGGGAAUGCUUGAAAAAGAACAGUACGAUUAGUAUCGCCUUGGAUGGCCUCGAUUUAUCCGCGGUUUCAAAUCAAAAUUUUAUGGUGAUCAGUGAUGGGCCAAGGCGGUUGUUAGCGGGCGUCUAAGUUGAAAUUAAUUUUUUACCUUUUGAGCUUCUUGCUCUGAAGAUAUAAAUCCUGUCAUUUGUGCCAAUGAGCAUCUCAAUUUAACGUCACUGUAUGAGAUCUGAUUGUCUACAUCAGUGAAAAGGUAGUAAGUAGUAGGUACUAGACAUGUCUCAACCAAUGGACAAGGAUAUGUCAGAUUCAGAAAUGGACAGGAUUCUCGAAGAAUAUGGAUUAUAUGAAGAUGAAAUGACAAGAAUUGAGAAACGACAGCUGAUACAGACGUUGGAAGUAUCGAAAAUAUCAGCGCAGUCAGAGCAAGAAAGUCGACUCAAGAAAGAGGAUGACGUAGUUAUUCUUCAGAGUUCGCCUGCGCUGAAGCGUCAUGCGUCCUCUGCAGGGACGAGCAUGACCGAUGCGUCUCCGGGAGCUGAGCCUUCGCCGCUGAUCGGCGGGGCGGCGCUGGCGCAGAGACGGCGACCACUGCGCGCUCCGGCCGGCGCCAGCCGCACAGUCAUCGUGUCAGAACCCGUGCAGCGGGAGUCGCAGACAGCAGACAGCCGGGCUGCAGAUGUGCGGACUGCGGACAGCCGGACAAGCAGCGAGCCGCCCAAACCGCCGGCAGCAGACAGUCGCAGAGUCGUUGUCACAGACACUCGGGAGCGGAAGUCACGGACAUCAGGCAACCAAGAGAAGCGUCUUCGAAGUACAGCAGACACCGACCAGGGGCCUGCUAAGGUAGCGACCACCUCGGGUGGAGCCCGUGACUCGGGAGACAGCUCAGACAGCUCCGAUAGUUCUGUCAAAGAGACCACUGCAGGCCGUCGACGGUCGGCGGCGCGCGACAGUGGAUCGGAGCCUGCGGCGUCGCCGGCUGACAGUGGAUCGGAGCCUGCGGCGUCGCCGGCUGACAGUGGAUCGGAGCCUGCGGCGUCGCCGGCUGACAGUGGAUCGGAGCCUGCGGCGUCGCCGGCUGACAGUGGAUCGGAGCCUGCGGCGUCGCCGGCUGACAGUGGAUCGGAGCCUGCGGCGUCGCCGGCUGACAGUGGAUCGGAGCCUGCGGCGUCGCCGGCUGACAGUGGAUCGGAGCCUGCGGCGUCGCCGGCUGACAGUGGAUCGGAGCCUGCGGCGUCGCCGGCUGACAGUGGAUCGGAGCCUGCGGCGUCGCCGGCUGACAGUCCGCCAGCAUCGCCGCCGCGGCCGAAACUGUACUACGUGAACCACGAGGGCCGUCGGGAGGCGGUGGAGCGCUCGGAGCGCGCCACGCGGCUGCUGGAGCUCCUCUCGGACGGCCGGUCGGUGGAGGAGAAUGUGCACCGCGUGCUGCGUCACCUGGAGCAGCAGCAGGAGCGUGCGCUGGCCGCCGCCGAGCAGCGCACCUGGCAGGACGAUAUACCGCCGUCACGCACCUUCCACGAGUCCAGCCUGCCGUCGCGGCUCGACCCGGCGCGGCUCGAGUACCGGCCGAAGGCACCACUGGCUCGGAAAAGGUCAGCCGCGCCCGACACUGAUAAGGUGCCUGCCGCGCGGAAAAGAUCAGCGGCGCCCGAGUCUGGUAAAAUGCCAGCGACGCGGAGGAAGCCGUCAGUCACGCCCGAACCCGAUAAGACGCCGAGUCCUGAGCCUCCACCAAGUCCGCAACAGCGGCGACCAACAUCGCCGCCGCCCCAGCCGCGUGAGCCGGGGGUUUCCGGCGGUCUGCCGACCGUGGACGGUGGCCGCCAACACUCGCGGGCCAGCCAGCUGCUGCAGCGCGCCAUCGACACACACUCGGCAAAGAAACGGCCGGCCACGACCAAACUGUCACUCAAACUGUCCACCCGGCCUCGCCCAGACGCUGCCGCCGCCGAUGGGUCCAGUCCCCCAGAGCGACCCAGUUCGAGCGGCGGCCCGCUGUCCCGCGGCACUGCGCUGUCCGUGCCGCUGCUUCCGGAGCUAUCUGCGGAGGAGGAGCCACCCUCGGCCGCCGCGCCGCCCGCCCGCCGGCGGCCCGUCUCGCCGGUCGCCGGCCCGUCCGGUCUGGCCAGACAGUCGCGUCGCCGUCUGGCCAGCGCCGAGAUCCGGCCGGCGCCGCUGCGACUGCCGCGUCGGUCACGGCUCGACCAGAACGGCCGCGUCAUGGUGCCGCUGGUAACAAAGGUUCAGGCGCCGGGAGGUCCGUCUAAGCAGCCAGCGGCCUCCGCGCUGACUGCCGGCGUUAACUCUUCGUCUUCGGAUGACGACGGUGGCGCACCGGCGACCAGUCGCGCCCGUGCUACCGGUCGGGGAGGGAGGCUCCCCGCUACCGGUGGGAACCGGUUAGGGUCCUCUGACGCCACCACCGGCCGGCCGGGACCCUCCGAUAUCGGCCGGUCGCGACCCUCCAGUUCUGGUGAUGGUGGCGACGGCGUAUUGGCCACCCCGUCUGGGACAAGUAACGGUGCGGCUGCAGCAGCUUCAGGAGACGCCGCCGGACAGAGGGUGCAGUGUCCGCUCUGUGCUGCCUUCUUCCCCAGCGACAAAAUCGAGGCGCACGCCAGUCGGUGUGAAGGUGACGACGUGAUGGAGAUAGAGGAGAGUCCGUCUCCGCCGAUGCGCCGGUCGGCCACCAACGCCAUCCGCGAACGGACGCCGCGCGGCCACCAGCGGUGCCGGCUCUGCGACCAGCUGCUCGAGGAGGGGCCCGCCUACCUGGACCACGUGGACGAGUGCCUGAGGCGGCGGCGACAGAGUCCUGGUGGCGAGGCGAACGGGGUACCUGAGGACGUCCGGCCGCCAUUGACGGUUCCGCUCACUCCCGUACAGAACGGCAGCGGCCGACACGCGAACACCGGAAUAUUCUCAGGCUCGGGCUUCUCGCCGACGUUCCAGCGGAUCAGCGCGCAGACCGGCUCGUGCAUCGACUACCACAACCAGUUCUCGUCGGCAGGGCGCCUCGGCGGCGGCACGGGACGGAAGAAGGGUGCUCGCGGCCGCGGCCGGCGCGGAGGCGGCAGGGCCAGAGGCCGGGCCAGGGCACGACGCUCCUGACCGGUCGGGGACCAGUGCAGACCCAGCAAAGCACAGGAUCUAGUCCAAAACAUUCUUUCACGCGUGUCUUGCUUAUGUAUGUGCCUUAUAAACUAAACAGUUGACUUAGUAAACUGUGCAAAUGCAUUUAGUCAUCAGUGAAAUACAUUCUUACUGUUUUUAAA